AACUUUCAAUUUUCCAUAGGAGCUGAAGUUAAAAGAUGAAGAAUGUGAAAGGCUUUCUAAAGUGCGAGAUCAACUUGGACAGGAAUUGGAAGAACUUACAGCUAGUCUGUUUGAGGAAGCACACAAAAUGGUUAAAGAAGCUAAUGUCAAACAAGCUGCAGCAGAAAAGCAGUUAAAAGAAGCACAGGGAAAGAUCGAUGUCCUCCAGGCUGAAGUAGCAGCAUUGAAAACACUAGUACUGUCUACUUCACCGACAUCUCCAAUUAAGGAGUUUCAGUCUACUGGAAAAACUCCUUUUAAGAAAGGCCAUGCAAGAAACAAGAGUACAAGCAGUGCUAUGGGUGGCAGUCAUCAGGACCUUACCAUGAUGCAGCCAAUUGUAAAAGACUGUAAAGAGGCUGACCUAUCUUUGUACAAUGAAUUCAGAUCUUGGAAGGAUGAGCCUACUAUGGACAGAACAUGUCCUUUCUUGGACAAAAUUUAUCGGGAAGAUAUUUUUCCAUGUUUAACCUUCUCAAAAAGUGAGUUGGCCUCAGCUGUUCUGGAAGCUGUUGAAAACAACACUCUGAGCAUUGAACCUGUUGGCUUGCAACCUGUUCGAUUUGUGAAAGCUUCUGCAGUUGAAUGUGGGGGACCAAAGAAGUGUGCUCUCAGUGGACAAAGUAAGUCAUGCAAGCAUAGAAUCAAAUUAGGAGAUUCAAGCAGUUAUUACUACAUUUCUCCUUUCUGUCGUUACAGGAUCACUUCUGUGUGUAACUUCUUUACAUAUAUUCGAUACAUCCAGCAAGGACUAUUGAAGCAGCAAGAUGUGGAACAGAUGUUCUGGGAAGUUAUGCAGCUGCGAAGAGAGAUGUCACUAGCAAAACUUGGCUAUUACAAGGAAGAGCUCUAAAUCUUUUUACUCUUGCGCAUGCAUGAACUUCAUUGAAUAUACAUAAUUAAAAUUGCUGAAUCUUUUUUUGUCACUUGAUAUUUAUUUCCACAAAGUGGGUCCAAGAUCUUUCUCCUUUUGCAGAUUGCACUAAGAAGUACUGUGAUUGUUUCAAACUGACUUAUGCUGUACAUGCAUACAUAUAAUACUUAGUUGAACAAAUGUUGUAAGCACUUGCAGGUGUAUUAGUGAUUGUAAUUUACAUUUAAAAACAAAACUUCUGAUUAAAGUGUUAGACUGAAGCA